AUCGCGGAAUGGUAGAUAUGUAUCAUUGGUUCUGUUACUCACUAAUUUUCUGCUUUACAAUGAAAUUUUCAUACCAUAUUUUUAUCCGGUAUACUGAUCACCAAAACUGGGGAAGAAGAUUCGACAGUGGUCAGAAAACAGCUGGGAUAUGUCGAUUCGAGCGACGGAGUAUUCUUACGCCAGCGAAUUAGCGGUCCAGAAAAUGCAGCAUCUUGUCCUGGGAACUGCGCACCGCUAAUUUAGAUCAAAUGUUCACUGGAAUUCGUCUGGGUUCUCGCUGUGAUGCUGUUUACAAGUUAGUAUGUGAUGAUUCUUUAAAACGAAUUUCACUGAAGCGAGAAGUUUUAGGUCCGUAAGGUCAGAUCUAGAGCUUUUCAAAGCCCUCGGUGAUGUUUCGGUAGGGACUUCUUAGCUUUGUUGACGUUCUACUCUGUGCCGGAUCUAUUGCAUAAGCAACGUACAAUAUUGAUCGGAUUAUCAUUUUAUUCGUAAGAAUCACAUAUGCACUUAUCUGAAUAAAUCUUGACGAUAAAAAAUGAUGAGAACAUUUUUUCGGAUCGAGAGAUUUUAAAAUUUGGCGUUGGACAUCAUAAGUGAUCUGCAUUUUGUUAUUUGAGCGGAGGUCGCGCAUACUAACUUUUUAUACUAUACUCGUACAGUUUGUAUACUCGUACAGUUUGUAUCUAGAUGUUUUUUUUUCACUGUCUUGUUCAAACCAACAUGAGCGGAAACAACUGACAAUUAAGAUGAUUUUACGACAUUCGCGAACCUAACAAACACAGAGAUCGACAGAAAAAACUACGGAAACAAGCAGCCAGAAUCCACAGGUGGCACACGAACGAGCUCGCUGGUUAAGGGCCAAACGCAGAGCGUUGUAAGGACAAGCCCCCAGAUUGCUUCGGGCAUAACAACAGGAACAUCCGACCGCAAACAUCCGCGCUUCCUCAGUCCGUCUCCAGAGCCUGGGAGAUCCACGUUCGUUCCAAGAUACCCCAACGACAUGAACAACGACAGUUUGUAUACAAGAACUAACUUUGUAUACUCGUACAGUUUGUACAGCAGCUACUGCAUGUAUGUAUAGCUUUUGCAAAUUAUAUUCAGGUGAGGAUACUGAUUACAAAACAUUUAUUACGAAGUACGCAUACAACAGUUACUGUAUAUCCAAUACGAGUUUUUGUGAACAGUUAUAUCCAAUACGAGUUUUUGUGAUAUCUACAAUCCUAUUUGUGAAGCUUAAUGCACAUUAGACGAUUACAAUCAGGCGAUCUGAAUCAACACCAAAGACUUUGAUUCAUAAAGGUGAUUUCUUACCACCUUCCGCAUUACACAGCAAACUACUACAGUACAACUCUGCAAGUAACACUUCACGAGUAACUUAUACAUGGCAGGCAAGCAAUAAUUUCACCGCUGAUCAAGGCAUUAUCAAGCCGAAAAUUUUGUGCAUUAUACACCAACAAAUCCUUCGGGGAUUUACUUUCUUAAUCAGCGACAAGUGAUAUUGCGCGCGGUAGACGGUUUGAAAUUUUCAUCGGAUUGUGUUCACUGGAUGUGAAGGUUUCGCUUACUAGUAUUUGUUGCGACAAAGUGCUAGUUUUCACGUAAUUAUAUUCGCACAGUUUGUUUAUUGGAACCGCUUUCUUCCGUGAGACAGAUUAUGGUUAAAAGAUGACUUCUACUGCAGUUAGACAAUAUACGGUUCUGUUUGUUCUUGGGACAAUAGGAGUCGUAACGGCAGUUCUGCCGGCGGAUCUGGCAUCCAAAGCUGCAGUAAACAGCAGCGACACAAAUGACGCAGUUGAUAAACCUGCACUGCUGAUACCGUUUGGAAAGUUUGAAGCAACAGAUCAAACAGAAAACUUUGCCAAUUACCGGUCAAGCCUUAAUGUGGAGUUUAAAGGAUUUUCCGCAAAGCACUUGAAAGGCAAAGUGCAACACGAAUUUAGCCGCAUAAACAGCACAACUUACGCUCAUGCAUUUUGGAUUGUGGAUACGCCAUACAAGCAAAAUCUACCGUUUGAACUUGGCCGCGAAUAUCCACACAGCUACAAUGGGACCGCCUUUAAGUACCGGUAUUACCAAGAGCCGAGUCAGCUUGGUUUACAUGCAGUGUUCCAUGUUCCGGCGGAUAACCCACUCCCUAUCGAACAUUUGUACACAUCCAGCUCAGAAGGUUUUAUUUUGACGUACAAAAUCGGAGAUAUGAUAGCCAAACGCUCAUACAAAAGGGUUUAGAGUAUGAAGAAUUACCAGACUACGGCCUUCUUCCAUUACUCCGCAAGGACUUCAGCUCACACAAUGCCGGCCUUUUUUGUUGAAGAAAGUGUAUAUCUAACUAUUCGCUCGCAGCACAUCGUAGCCCAUUUUUCAAUGGAUACGACUAAGCAUUUUGCUGCACUAAUUUUUCGACACUCUUGGAGAUGCACUUAAUACUUGACACUCUUGAAAUGUGUGCACCAUAUCGUAAAACAAAAUACAUUAACUUUCACAAGCAGUGCCGUCCAGAUGACAUACUGUCUAAUUCUUUGAACUUACAUUGUUAGUCACCUUUUGUAAUAAGGUGACUAACAAUGAAUGAGAUUCUGAAAUUCGAAGAUAUACCCCUUUAUUAAUGCAC